AUGGUUAUUCGUAAUAAGAACGCCACAUUAGUGGUGUUGGGUGAUAUCGGACGAAGUCCUCGAAUGUGCUAUCAUGCAAAAUCGCUUGCUGACAAAAACUAUCGAGUGCAAAUUGUUGGUUAUGCGGAUCAUUUACCACAUCCGACGAUUAGCGAACAUCCCAACAUUCGUAUAAUUGCGCUACGACCUCCACCAGCAUCCCUCAAUAAUCUACGGCCCGCGUUCGGUCUUUUCUUGAAGUUCUUCUGGACGUUGGCCACACUUUUGUUUGCACUGUUUUUCCGUAUCGACUGGCCACUUCUUAUCUUGAUGCAAAAUCCACCCGGUGUUCCGUGCAUGUUGGCGUGCUGGAUUGUGGGUUGUUUUCGUUGA